UUUUUACCGUCAACAUCGGGUCCGGAUUCUGAUCAAUCAGCUCCUAGGGUUUCUGGUAAUUCAGAUCGGGAGGGGGGAAAGGUGCAACAUUUCGCGGCGAAGAUGGAGGGAUGGGAUCCGAGCACGAAGUCGACGCUGACGCAGAUCCCGCUCCUGACGACGAAGGCGGGUCCUAGAGAUGGACAGGCAUGGACGCAGAGGCUGAAGGAGGAGUACAAAUCUCUGAUCGCGUACACGCAGAUGAACAAGUCCAACGACAACGACUGGUUCCGCAUCUCCGCCGCGAAUCCAGAGGGGACUCGUUGGACGGGCAAGUGUUGGUACGUCCACAACCUCCUCAAGUACGAAUUCGAUCUCCAGUUCGAUAUUCCGGUGACUUAUCCGGCGACUGCUCCGGAGCUUGAAUUGCCGGAGAUUGACGGCAAGACCCAGAAGAUGUAUAGAGGCGGGAAGAUUUGCUUGACUGUGCAUUUCAAGCCUCUGUGGGCCAAAAACUGUCCUCGAUUUGGAAUAGCACACGCUCUUUGUUUGGGACUCGCACCAUGGCUUGCCGCUGAGAUUCCAAUUCUCGUCGAAUCUGGUAUGAUUAAGCACAAAGAUGAUGCCACGUCAUCCGUCGAGUCUUAGUCUAUUUGAGAUUUUCCUUGCACCUCAUACAUGUUUUUCAGUUAAAACUGUUGAAAGGUAAAUUAUGCAUUUCACUGGAUGUUUCUUGAGAUGGGCUCAUCCAACUUUACAAAUAAAUAUAAGAUAUACUGUCAGCAAUAAGUGGGUACGGUAAUAGAAAUUUCUUAUGCCAAAACAUGAACUUCUGUUUCUGUAGCUGCAUUGCAUGUUCAAAGCAUAUAUCUUUACCUCU